AUGCAGCAGCACUUACUGCGCUCACUGGAUCCGGACCCGGACUCGGCAGUGGCACUGGCAUGGGAGCCUACAGCACUAGCAAAAACGACCAUGAAGUUAUUUGUAAACAGCGGAUAG